AUGUCAAAACUCGAACCAUUUUACCUUUCAAGUGUAUUGUUAUACAUCACUCAUAGGAGUGUUCUUACCACUUUUCAAGCGGUCAACAAGAAGUGCAAUGACGCAAUUCAAAUGCUUCGCAUUAACCCGCCACUCUUUUUCUUUCGCCUUCCUUUCAUCUUCAAUUUUUUCCCAAAUCUGUCAACCCUACGUGGAAACCUGAUCGAAUUCCAAAACUCGAUUUCUAAAGAGCAACUGACUCAAAUCAGUUGGAUAGAGUCAACAGUGAUCAUCCCAUUCAAUUUAAUUAAUACAUCUUUGUAUAAUAAAAUCACGGAGAUUCGUCUGAGUCCCGUAUGUGCUCUUGAGUGCUAUAAACUGAUGAACUUAAGACGGCUCUUUAUCUUCUGUGAAGCUGAAAACACACUUCUUUUGACAAAACUACCACAACAUUCUGUUCUCAAGAGAAUUGGAAUAUACCACGAAUCCCCACUUACAGAAUUCGAGUCUAACAACUUCAUACAGAACGCUAAGAGACUUCUGAACGUCGAAUUUGUGCUCAACACAAAGAGCAACUGCAAACACCUUGUAUUCCUCAAGAACGUCACUACAAUUAAUAACUUCGAACCAACCAUUAAUACAGAUAGACAGUGCGAAAGUCCUGUUACAAAGGUCGAUUUACACCUCGACGUGCUUGAUGAGUACUCUGCGAAGUAUUUUAUAUCGCCGGGCGUCAUUCGUAUGACUGUCGACAUCACUCGAAAUUGUUUGGACUACCUUAACAUCAGUUCCUUUGUCCUCAAAGAGCUCAAAAUCUCCGUGAAAACUGGUCGCCACUGGUGUUUGUGUCUUCCAAGCAGUUUAGUUGUGCUUACAAUAAAAGGAGGGACCUUCUGGUUGACCAAUUUAAAGCGGCUUGAUCGAUUGAAAGACGUCGAUCUUGACACUGAACUGACUCCGCCGAAGGCACAGAAAGGGGUGAAGAGUGUGUGUCUCCCUUUGAGUGUCGAGAACUGUUGUAUUAAGUCGAUAUUUGGAAACUCCAAAUUUGGGAAUGUCGACCAGAACUUGGUCUUGAGGAAGUGUAAUGUGACGGGGUGUGUCGAUUUUUUGGACUGUUCGAAGUGUAGUCUUUUAACGCAUUUGACGGUGUACACAACAGCACAACAGUUCACUCUAACGGUUCCCAAACUUAUCAAAAACGUCUCUGUUAUAUCCAAGAAUGGGAGAAUAGUCAUGAAAAACAGUCGAAUAUUAAACACGAUGAGCGUCUUACAUGUUGAAGGAAAUUUUGAGUUUCUUGAUCUGACGAAUUUGUAUUCUGUUGAGUCACUUGUGUUAAUUUCAUCGGCUAAAGCUACUCAAAUUAAAUUUCCAAAAUACCCGAAGAACUUGGUCGAGUGUUAUUUCCAUCGCCCUUUAGACGCGGUAGUUGAGUCCCUCAUUAACUCCAGAAGUUUAAGUCUGAAAGGCAAUUUCAAUGUGAAAAAGCUUUGGAUUUCGAUGAGUUCUUCUGAAUCACCAGUCAUAGAAAUACCACAUUUGAAGGAAAUAGUGUUGUUCUAUACUUUAUUUGAAUGCAUUGGAUAUGACUCAAUCAACAAUAGGUGUAAGUUCAUGUCAACUGAAGACAAGUGCUGUUUCACGAUACCUAUCACUCUGAACAUCACACAACACACGUUGAUCAAAAUCAGUGUUGUGUCGAAGACAAAGUGGUUCACUAUUUCUAACCCGACUAGUCCUGUUGUCAAACACACAACACACUUGAGAAACAACAGAAACG